CGGCAACUCACAAACAUUUUGCCGGUGAGCCUCAACCUCAUCCUUCACUUACCACCAAUACCGCAGCUGUCGUCAUCUUUACUUUCGUGCAUGAGUGACCGUACGUUGAGCAGCAAGUGUAAUAUGGAUCGUUUUCCUGGAAAGAUAUGAGUUUAUAACUACUUAUGUAGUCGCUUUCUUUGGAUCUGGAACAAGCUGUUUAAAUACUGAAAUAACUAUGCUCCCACGAGUUGAUGGUACUGUUGAGGAUAUCAUCGAGAGGACACAAGUGCUAGCAUUCCCUAUUUCUGCGAUAGAAAUGUGAAGCAUGGUACUCUAAACUCCAUCGAUAAAAAGUGAUAUAUUAUCGCCCAUCAUAUUUCUCGAAGAGACGCGCCACCAGCCAUCAAUUUAGGGCGAUAUGAACCGUAACAAUAUCUUACCCUCCAGGGCUGCUCUGGUAGCCAGCAAGUCCGGCUGUGCGCAGACCCAGCCCCAGGCCCAAGGUCAGUCGCAAGAGGGACAUCCCGAACUUGAAGGCCGUGGUUCCCCCACCCUUCUCGAUCUCCCUAGCGAAAUACAUCUACAGCUCAUGUCGUGGCUCAACUUUCGCGAUCUACAGAUGCUCCGCGCUACAAACAGCUAUUUCCGCAAUCUACCAUCAGACAUAGAGGUGGCCCGCAUUAGACGCGACUAUGUAGCUGAUCUCGUGCGCGCCGAGACGAAAGAAGUUGUGGACGCUGCAACCAGCGCCACAUCAGAAUUCCCCUCUAUUAGCAUCGGUGACGACGGCCGAUCCGCUUCCCCACAACGCUUGACCUGCUACAGCUGUCUCCGCUAUCUACCCAUACACUCAUUCUCUAGCACACAAACGACCCGACGCCGUGGAAAGGGGCAUGCAGAUGCCGCAAAACGUUUUUGUGUCAGUUGUGCACUGCGUCUCCGCAAAUGGGAGCCGGGCAUUACACUGUCGUUUUCAUGGGGAGAAGCCGUCUAUUGCCGGCGAUGUCGCAAUCUAAUGCCUUUACGUGAGAGUGCGGCUGAAUGGGCGCGGAUUUUUGGCCUCUGUGAGGGUUGUCGGACCGUCCUGGGGAUCCCAGAUUGGCAUCAACAUGAAGGCAAAGGAGCUCAGGGGUUUUGGUAUGGUGCGAAGGAGUUGCUAGAUCGGACUUUUGCAGAAAGAGGUAGGGGAAGAGAGAGCGAAAGAGUGGAUAUGUGGGAGGAGCUUAAGGAGAAGAUUGCGGUAUUGAGGCUGUCUGAGGAGUUGGAGGUGUAGUUGGGUGGAUUAGGUAUGGUAGGGUAUUGGUUUCUUGAGGGGAUGUGGUAUGUUGUUUUCUCAGCCGCAACAUGCAAUUAGCAGUUCAUGAAAUUUCAUCCAAGGCUUCGGGUCGUCUCACGAAAGUAUAACUUAGGUAACGGUUCGUUCUCACAGCCACCUCUCCUAGCUCAUUACGUGACCUGGUAGUAGCCUCGAAAAGCAGCUCUGGAGUCUUGCACCAGCCAUUAUCUCGACAAACGAAAAUAUCCGCUUAAUUUUUCUAAUUGACUGUUCAAAAUGCUUCUACGAGAGCUUUAUUUAUAUAUUAUGAACUAUAUAGCUAUGGGUAGCACUAAGCAUCUUUGCUAAUCGCUGCUAAUGCUUCCUACUCCGAGAUGGAAACGCUGUGAUGGAAAAGCCUACAUUCGAACCAGAAAACUGGCAUCUUUUGAAAAAUGAAUCUAAACAUUAGAUAUUACUACCGACCCACGCUUGUUCAUAUAUAUAUAUAGACAGAUAUAUUCCUUCCCAACUGACUCACCAGAAGAACAAAGCCCUGCACGCCCACCGCCCAACGCCAGAAAAACAAUGGGUCAGCAAAUUAGCUACUUCAAGUUAACUCUCACCAGCAAAUUAUCAAUCAACAAACGGCGCAUACUCCAUUCUCAUCUCCUCCGUCAUCCCCAUCUGCGUCAACCUCUUCUGGUCCCAAAACACGUAUCCCCAUUUCCUAUUAUAGCAAUUAUGCAUCUGGCACAAAUACUUCGAGUUCUUCUUGUGCAACCACGCCCAGCCCAAAUUCGGCCUUGACCAAUCUGCAUCGGAGGUAAACGUCUCUGACGCUCUGACAGGGCGGAAAACCCCCACAAUAUUCGGAUUCAGGGCCCGAGUUAGGAAAAAUGAAGCACUUGUUGGGUUACUCUCGAUUGCGGAGAUGCUGGGAUUAAUCUUACGGUGUUGCGACGGGUCCAUUAGACUGUUGUUUACGUCUGUGCUUGUGAUGUGCUUCGUAACUGGGCUGGAUUCAUACUGAUCAGAUGCUUGGAACCAUCGCCAGAGAAAUUCGAGACCGCGAGCCAGGUAUUGUUCUCGCUGGUCGUCGACAGCGAGGUCAAAAUAGACAUCUAGAAAUGAAUCCCUUCCCGUUAGCUCAGAAAUGCACGACUAGGGGCUGUGAGAACAUACCGUCGUCCACGUCUGGUCCGCCAAUGCCAAUACCAACGCCACUGGCUCUUCCUCUCCUUUCACAUCUGGCUUUAUUACUAUUUAUCACUCGUACCUGACAAUCGAGUACGCUGUUAUUGGAAGAGGCGCUCGUUUCCGAACUGCUCGUGAGGAAUAUUUGGUACAUGUAAUUCCUGAUACAGUGGAUCUCUUCUAUCUCCCACGGCGAUAAGAAGUUGAGGAAUGCGAUGUGAUGGUUUGGAUAGCGCACCCCCCAGCGCGUGUGCAUGACUGCCAGUAAUUCUAAGCGGUACAAAGCACGGUAAAUGCGGCAUGUUUCGCUUCUGGAGAGUGGGAGGAUCCCAUCAUCGCUACCACCACCGCUGCCGCUCUCAUGGUCAUUGCUCUUACCACGAUGCCUUUUUCCCGUAAAAGGGUUGAGUCUCAGACAAGAACGCACAAUGUCUUCUGUCAUCGCGCGUACAAUAAAGUGUUGUCGAACGACGGCGAGAAGUUCAUCCAACAACAACGCGGCGAACUGAGCUGAUAACCCGUCACCCUUUGAAUAUGUGAAGGUCACCCCAUUAAUGCUCCUUUUCUCUACUUCCUCCUUUUCCUCAACUUCCACAUCUGCACCGACCUUUUGCGUCGUCUCACGAACAUUCUCAACAAACUCCUGCGACAACCCACGUAACUCAUCAUAUGUAUUCAGAAACCCCUUGGCGAGACCCAGGAUCUCCACCUCGUCCUUCAGCGGCAGAGAAUCACAAUCAGCCGCCCGACGCAAUGCCGCUAGUGAAAGCACCUCGAGGAAAAUGGGCCGCGGCGUCGUCCGAGCUAGUAAAUGGCGUAAAAUUCGCCUACGGUCAAACAGGUAGACGCUGUGGAAAUGGGGAGAUGCCUUGACCAAAUCGCGGAGCGACGCGAGAUCGGGGAGCUGACUUAAUAUCUCGAUUUUGAUCUCUGUGGGGAGAUAUUCUAUUGGCGCGCUUUUGUAUGGUGAUGAAGGGGGCGCUGAGGGAAGAUUUGAUUCCAUGGUUUUCCAGAGCUUGGUUAGUUGUUUUCUUUUUUUUUUAUCCCCAUCAAAGGGGUAUAUGAAUUUGGUAUGUAGUUUGCUACUUAUUUUAUUCAUAUUCUUUCCCCCCCUUUUUUCCUUCUUCCUUUGGAAUAUCCUGUGGUGUUUAAGUAGAUGGGUUUAGCAAUAGAUACUCUUUGUCUAUGAUAAAGAGAGCUUCGUAGUUCUUCAAGGAGAUACUUGAAACAAUCGAGGUAAUGGAGAUAAUUCCAUUCACCUUGAUAUCCAUUGUGAUUUUUUUUUUUUUCGUUACCAUUCUUUGUUAUACUGGGUUGAGCCAGCUUCGUGCAUCGAAACGAACUUGGUGAAUGAGAAAACAAACAGAAUCCAAAGCUUUAUUUCGAAUCAGUAUCAAAGCGCCAGCCCU